AUGUCUUACUUAUUUUGUGGAUGACUAUUACUGUUAAUUUUAGGGUUGGUAGGGGUAGCGUCUAACCCAGCACCCUACUUUGCAGCCCUUGGGUUGGUUGUGGUGGCUGGAGCAGGGUGCGCUAUCUUGGCUGGGUGCGGAGCUUCUUUCCUGGCGCUGGUGUUAUUCUUAAUUUAUUUGGGAGGAAUACUGGUUGUGUUUGCCUACUCGGCAGCUUUGGCAGCCGAGCCCCAUCCGGAGGGCUGAUGGGAGGCCUCGGUGUUAGAGUAUGUGGUAUGUUACUUAGUUGCGGUAGCCGUAGCCGCGGGUUAUUUUAGUGGGGACUGGUAUAACUAUCUGUUACCCUCGGUGAGCACUUUCAAGGAAUUCUUUGUGUUAUCCGAAGAUACUGGUGGUGUAGGGGUAAUGUACUCCAUGGGGGGAGGCUUGUUAGUAAUUUGUGCUGCGGUUCUGUUACUAACUCUGUUUGUUGUGCUUGAGAUUGUCCGAGGGGUGGAUCGAGCGACUCUCCGAGCCGUUUAG